AUGCCACGUAGUGUCAACUCCGAUCAUUUUCGUUUCCGAUGGAAGAUAUCCUCCAAUCAGUUCACCAAUGGUGAUACGUAUCUCCCUUUACCCUCUUUCCACCCUCACAUUCAGAAUUGGGCGUCAGAUAUCGAUCCUGCAAACAUCAACGGGCUCUCGGCUUUCAGAUUAACAUGUAGGAAAUUUCACCAAGAGGCCUCCACAAGAAUCUGA